AUGGCGUCCGGGUUUUUGUGUGUGCGAUAAUGUAAUUGUUUUGUAUGAAAUCAAUUAAUUUAAUCGAAUACGGUAGUUUUUACUAUAUUUUAUGGUGUGAACAUAAAGAAAGAUGUGUUUUUUAAUGUUUGUAAAGUAAUGCAACAUAACUUUAAUUAGAGAUUACGUGCGUGUCAAUGCAGUCUAUAGCGUCCUGUGCCGCCUUUUUAUUAAUUUGAUAAGUUUUUAUUACCAAUUAAACAAGAUGGUUGUUUUAAAAGUGCAGCAAAAUAUGUUAUGUAUAUAGUAUUAAUUAUAUUUUACAUAAAAAGUGCCUGUUUCGGCGGUCUGAUUGACGGGUGCUUUGCGCUUGUGUGCUAGUGGUUGUGAAAGCGUACAUGAAUAUAAUGGCAAAACUGUCAUGACAGUACUGUUUACUUGUAAGGUGGACUUGUGUUGGUUUGUUUAUUUUUCGAUGCGGUGAGAAAUUGUAAUUUGUGAAAAUGUGUAUGCCAACACCGACUAAUGUCUCCGGAUUCGCGUAUUCGUGGGGCUUUACGAGCUCCGCGGACCUUACAAAAGGUGAAGUGGACACACCAAGCAGUUUAAGUUAUACUCUGGGGAAUACGGUAUCCCCAGAAACAACGCUAACUGUGAUGGCCCACAAAACUCCGCAAGUGCAAGAAAAAGUUGGCACAGUGGUAGCAUCUAAUGCUGCGGCACAAGUCACCAGGGUGGUCACUACGGGGACCCCAGGCAGUGGACGGAGAGCCAUGUUUGUGUUAAAUGAGGCUCCGACGCACACAAUAAACAGAGUGUCGCAGCAGAACCAGACUGCGACUAUCCAGAGUGAGUGUGCCAAUUUAGCUUCAAAACCGUUCAUGACGCCCAUCGGUCCCAUACAAUUAACGGCGGAAGAAUGUAAUGAAAUUUUAAUGAAAAGAGCACUUCAAGCUCAAGGCAUUGCCACUCCAGUGAUAGAUGCGUCGCAGCUUAACCAAACAUUGUUGAAUGGAGGCUUGAAGGGUUUAGCCGAGGUAACUACACAGCAGAACCAGCAAGAUAAUAUACAAACAACGGUCCACCAGCAUCAUUUGUUACACACAAAACAGGAACCUGGAACAGCUAAUAAUUCACCAAAAAUGGUGUAUUCGCAGACGGAGAUCAUGAACAACACAGUGAUGCAAGCCCCCGCGGCUCCGGUGAAGGAGCGCCCGUAUUCCUGUGACGAGUGUGGCAAGUCGUUUCUGCUGAAACAUCACCUCACGACUCAUGCUAGAGUUCAUACUGGUGAAAGACCUCACAUUUGCGGACACUGCGGCAAGGCGUUUGCAAGGAAGCACUGUCUGAAUACACACUUGCUUCUGCACUCUGCUGAACGGCCGUAUCGGUGUCAUGAGUGUAAAAUGGCGUUCACACUCAAACAUCAUCUCGUUACGCAUUCUAGGGUGCACAGCCGCGACCGUCCGUUCGUGUGCGGCGAGUGCGGGCGCGGGUUCCCGCUCAAGCGGCACCUCGUCACGCACAGCAAGUACCACGCGGGCGAGCGCCCGUUUGUGUGUAACGAUUGUGGAGAGAGCUUCGCGCAGAAGGAGCACCUAGUAAUGCACAGCCGUUUCCACGGGUCCCUCUCCCCAUUCGUGUGCCCGGACUGCGGAGUGGCCUUCGCCAGAAAGUUCCAACUUGUGAACCACGGGCGGGUGCACGGGCGCGUGCCGCACGCCUGCCCCGUGUGCGGGAAGGAGUUCCUGCAGAAGCGCACCCUGGUCGCGCACUUGAAAAUGCACACAGGAGAAGACACAGUGGCGUGUCUAGAAUGUGGUGAAGCGUUCAAGUGCAAGGGGGACCUGCAACAGCACUGUAAGAUGACUAGACAUUGUCUCACGUCGUCGCAACAGCAACAACAGCAGCAGCAGCAACAACAUCAGCAGCAGCAACAACAGCAACAGCAGCAGCAACAACAGCAGCAACAACAACAGCAACAACAGCAGCAACAACAACAACAGCAGCAGCAGCAGCAGCAACAACAACAGCAACACCAGCAACAGCAAACAGUAAUAAAACAAGACGAUUUUAAGCCACAGAUUGUUCAGGUUAUCGGUGCUGAUGGGCAAAUAUUAAGUGAGAAAACAACACCGGGAUAUGCCUGUCCUGAGUGUGGUUCCUGCUUUAAUACCAAGGAGGCGCUAUCGCUGCACGUGCGGCUGCACGCGGGCGACCGCACGUGCGUGACGGACCUGUGCGCGCUCACCGCCGCGCUGCAGCCCGGCCUCGUCGCGCACGCCACGCACAAUCAACCGAUCCAAAUUAUAUCAUCAAAUCACCCGAGUAAUGUUGUUCACACGCAAGUUAUAGCUACGAAUCACCAUAUAACACCGCCGCGGCCAAAGUUACAUUUCUGCGUGGACUGCGGGAAGGGAUUCGCAGCGAAACACGGCUUGUUAGCGCAUCAUAGACGUCACCCGGACGGCAGCUGCACGCUGCGCUCGCACGUGUGCGACCAGUGCGGCAAGGCGUUCUUCCAGAAGAACCACCUCAUGCUGCACCAGCGCCAGCACAUGGACCUGCCGCCCAGGAAUCUCCACUCGCAGACACAAACGCAAACCCAGCAGCAGCAAGUGACGCAAGUGCCGCAGCGCGUGACGCAAGUGACGCAACAGGUGCAGGUGUCGCAGCAACAACAGCAACAGCAGCAACAAGCCGCGCAACAGGCGGCGCAACAAGCCGCGCAGCAAGUGGCGCAGCAGGUGCAGCAACAAGUUGCGCAACAUGUGCAGCACCAAGCGAUGGAGAUGGACGAGCAGCCGGCGCAUAUACAAGUUGUAACCAACCGCUCCGGCCAAGUGAUCGGCAACCAGAUAGUAGUCGGUGCUGUGGGUGCUAGACGCUUGCUACCGUCGCAGUUGCACAUCGUGUCGCGAGAUGGGAAGCCAAUACACCACCUUACCAAGCGCGAUGGGAGCGACAUAAAAGAGCUAGUAGUGUCAACGGGCAGAGGUACUGGGCUGAUCAAAUACGAGAUCGCGAUCCCUCCCCCCACAUCUGUGGUCCAAGUGCAGCAGCUUGACUGAGAACGGUUCCGCAAUUAGCGGGACUGUCAGCUUUAUGCGUGAUUCACGCUACACCGGGAACAAUAUUCAUAGGGCAUAGACAAUGCAGUGCCGGUAAAUGAAAUAUUAUCCAUAGACAUUUGAUGUGCCACAGUUAAGCAGGAAUUAUCUGCCAUGGUCAGGCUUGAAUCGCUUCAUACAAAAAGUAAACAAUAAUAUUUGAUAGAGCCCCGUAUGGUUGUGCAGCCAAGGUGUAGCAUAUAUCAUAGCUUUAUAUCUUCAAGAAGUUAAAGUGUUCAUUACCGGGCUUAACAAUAAAGUGACAGUGGUCUCGAUCCAUCGAGCAAUAUUUAGACUAGUGUUAAUGAAAGUGAAGUGUAGUGUUCUGUGUGAUGUACUACGGGGAGUGUCUGUUCUACAGCUGGUCUGCGGCAAGUGUGAAUGGAUCGACGUGAUCCUAAUGUUCCGCAAAAUUAAGUGUUUGAUAAUACAUGUAUUAACAAUUAAGGAUAACCAAAAAGUGAAUUCAUACAGCGUUGCUAUCUUUUUUUUUAAUGGAUUGUCAAUAUUGUAUUAUUACGAAUUUUAAAGUUUUCGUUCAACUGUACCAUUUGAAAAAUUAAUUUUUAUUUUAUAAUUUAAACAGAGAAUUUUUUUAAUGUGUCUGUUGAGGUUACACCAAAAUCAUGAAUUAUGUAUGUUAAAGCCAAAUUAUAAGCGCAUUCUAUUGUAGCGGUUUUUUUUUAAUAGAAGUACAUUUAAGAGAAAAAAGUCCAAAUGCUUAAACUUCCACAUUGCCUCCAUUACUUAUAUCGACAGCAAUAAUGUGUGUCUGUGUGUAUUGGAUGUUCUAAAAUUUAGAACAUUUUGGUGAAUGUAAAAAGACGUGUACAGUAGUGUUGAAUAAGUGUAGACGGUUAGAACGUGUAAUAUUAUUGUACAUAUCAAAGUUUUCAACGGCGUCCGAUUCGCGGUUUUAUAUGAACUGUACAAUUUAGAUGACGUCCCGACGUGACGUCACACGCAUUUAAGUUUUUAUUCUAUGAUUUGACGGCCUCUUCGAAUAAGCUUUACGAGAACAUAGAUUCCUCCGCGGCAGGUAUAUAGCGAGUGCAAUUCGGUUCUAGAUCUGAAUUAUUUAUGACAAGCGAAUUGAUUUAUUUUUUAUUGGCAUAGACAACAUAUAAAAUAGAGGCAUAUUUGUAUAAACAAUAGACAAAUGAGUUUUUAAUUAAUCUAAGUUUGAAAAAGUAUAUUUGUAAAUUACCUUUUCGUAUUUUAUUUCUACUUAUGUAGUAUUUUUUAAGAAUUUUUCAAAUAUUUGGGUUAAAAUUGCUUUAUAUAUUUAUCUAGUCUGUGAUAGGGACUGUCUAUGAAAAGGUUUUAUAUUUGAAUCGAUAAAUUGUUUUUGAACGCUAGCUAAUUGCCUCUUCACCAUUAAAUUAUUUUCACAAUAUAUUUCAUUUGCUUGCUUUUGGACAACGAUUUUAAAGUAUCUAUUCCUAGUACAUAAUUAAUUCAAAGCCGUAAUUAUUUGAAUUCAGUGAAGAUGCAAUAAAGUUAGCGACAAAAACUUAAACAAGUGCUUCCGAACGUUCAUAUAUUUUGUAAAUAAAGAUGAAGACUGAUCUAAAGCACUAAAUGCAUCUCUUCUAAUUGCCUUACAGUGAGCGCACACAUUUUGAUAUAUUUUUCGUGUAAGCAGUAAGAAGUUUGUCAAUUUUAAAGUUUUCGUGCUAUUCAGUGUCCAUUUUUAUUCACAGAAUCGAAUUCUAUGUUUCCUUGUGGCGCGUUUUCAAGUGACAAUUUUAUGCAAAUACAGGCCUUAUUAAAGCUAACGUAAAAUACAUUUUUGGGAUAACUAUUCUGUUGUUACUGUCUAGUUUAAUAUUAACUAUAAAAUGUGCUUAUUAUCAAAUUUUGUACAGUAUUCAAUGGACUUAUUCACUUGAUCUGAUAAAGUUGAUUGUUCAUAACACGGUGAAAACGUGCCUUUAGACAGUAUUAUGUUUCCUGAAAUUUCUAUGACACAAAUAUAUACAGUCUACGAUGUUUUUGUGUUAAUCUCGUAAGCUGUGAUAUUAUUUGUGCUGAUUUAUCGAUAUGUUGAUUCUUAAUGUUGUUUGCCAUUUACUUACAGUGUAAAUAUAUAGUGGAUAUCUAUAAUUUUUAUAUUAAAUAAAAAAAUAUACAUAAUUAA